CGCUACCGCGUUGCCGCUCCAACUCCACUUGCGUGCCGUGCUCGCUCUGUCACGACGCACGCGCCUCCGCAUCGCCCAUCGUGGUCGGGAAAUCGCCCAUCCGUCACCGUCCAUCGCCCAUUAUCUCUGUCGCAUCCCAAACGUCUCGCUUGAUCACCUGACCUCCCCCACCCGGACAAGUUGUCGCCGGGUCACUUCUGAUCUCGACCACCACACUUUCUUGCAUAUCGACGAAACGAGGCGGCAGCACUUCCGCACUGCAGCAAGUGCCAGCUGUUCCAGCAAAGGUCAAAAGCUGCCUCGCGCACUCGUGUGCUCCUCGACAGACCCCCCAACAUGCCCCCCGCAUCCAAAGUUGCGAUCGACCGCCUGCCGCGGUUCACCGAGCCUCCCAAGCCGUACAAGAAGCGACACUAUGGCCAGUCUUGCUUUGCGUGCAAGGAACGCAAGAUCAAAUGUGAUGGCGCCGAGAACCCACCUUGCAAAUCGUGCUUCGAGUCCAACACGCUGUGCGAGUCGGGCGAGAAGUUCAAGCGCAAAGACAAGGCAGGGAGCAGCGGGCGGAGCGAGACCGGCGAGGAGAGGCCGCGCCGGCCGAAAGACAGGAACGACACCGAGGCCAUCUUUGCCGACCACGAGUCGCGGUUGCGAGAGCUCGAAGAGCUGGUCCGCAACGCCGCGCGGACGGACCGUCCUGGCCCAUCCACCGAGUUCUACAUGGAGCCGGCGGUCGGCGAGCCGGGCUACGCGCUCAGGUACUACCGCAAGCCGGUAUACCACGGCGAGUUGAGCAUGUUCGACGACGAGAGCCACAGGACGGGUGGGCCGGAACGACCGCGGUCCCGCUCGUCGUCGGUGGCGGAGCGGGACCGGCCAGAAGUAGCACGGUACCGCGACCGCGAGAACGAAGUGUUUAUCGAUGAUGAGCGUCGGUGCCGCCCGUUCCCACCCCUCCACUACGAGUUGAGCCCGGCCACAAGAGCAGAAGACUACACAUCCGAGGAGCUCGCGGCGCUCAGAAGACGGCAACACAAGCACGCGAGUCCAGAAGACGGCGAGGCUUGGCUCGAGGCGUACUUCUCCUGGGCGAGUCUCGUCGACGGCUUCGUCGACCGGCAGCUGUUCCUUCGCGAUAUGGCAGUAGGAGGGAACUACUUUUCCGAGUUUCUCCUCGUGUGCAUGUACUGCACGGGGAUCCGGCUCAGCUACGGGAUGGACGAGCGCGAGCGGCAGGAAAAGGGCGACAAGUACACCACGCUCGCGCUGAGUAUGCUUGGCGCGGUUACGCUCGGACGGUCGUGCGUCGCGUCUAUCCAGGGUUUGUUGUUGUUGUCCGGGCGGCAGAUUGCCACGGGCCACAUUACUGGCUCGUGGAUGCUGGCGGGGACAGCCAUCCGGAUGAUGCAGAAUAUUGGAAUACACCUCCUCCCCGAAGAAGACCCCGAUACGUGGUCAAUCUUGCCGCCAGAGGAACGAGAUGUCCGCACGCGCAUUUUCUGGGCCGCGUACGCCUGGGAGAAGCUCCAGGCCAUGACACUCGGGCGGGACUCGACACUACCUUUGCGUGUCGGUCACACGCCCGACACGCUCCCGCCCGACCCAGACGACGAGCUCGAUUGGAAGCCGGCCGUGCCGGAGGGCAUGAGCCUGCCAUACGGAGCCGUUUACCCUUCGACGCCGCAGCUCAAGAUGUUCACGAUGCGGUAUUACGUGCGUCUGGUCAUGCUCCUUGACGAGGUGCUCGCAAACAUGUACUCGCCGAGCGUGAGCAACAACCGUUCGCUCUCGUUCAUCCGCGACGCGAUCGAGAAGCUCGAGGCGUGGUGGGCGGCGCUGCCGGACAACUUGCGCAUCGACGAGCCGCGCGAGGCAGCACGGUCACCGCCGCCCAACAUUGUAAUCAUCAACCUGCUCUACCACACGAUCAAGAUCCUCGUGUACCGCCCCUUGCUGCACGACAGCUCACCGGCACUGACGUCGACUGCCCUGGCGCACUGCCGCGCCGCGGCAAUCGCCACGAGUGAUGUGCUGUCGCUGUGGGUGCGGACGUUUGGGCACAACUCGUACCACUACCUGUUCAUCUACUGCACGUUUAUUGCUGCCGGCGUAGACAUCUUCCUCAUCCGCAGCGGCAACCAGCAUAUCCGGGACGAGGCGCUGCAUCGCCUGCAAGUGGCGAUCGCGACAUUGGAGAAGGGACAGAAUCAGGCGCAUGCGAUCCGCUUGGGCGUGAUCAACAUCCGGAGCCAGCUGCGGCGGGCGACGGCAGCGGCGGCAGGCGAGGCCGCGUCGUCAGAGUACGCCGGGCCGCUGUCAACGACGGACAGCACGCCGAACCAGCAGCUGGCGCAGAGCAGUGGGCACGACGGCGCGUCCGAGCUCGCGCCCGUGCUCAACGCCGAGGUGCUGGACGACCUCGUCAUGCCGUGGCUCGACGACCAGUUCGACAACCAGGCGCUGAUGGACAUGCUGCGGACCAUGCCGAUCAGCACGAACAAUCCGUUCGAGGUGGGAGCGGACCAGGAUCUGGGGUUUGCGUUCAGCGGGACGUUUUAG